UGAAUAAAAGGGAAGGAAGCAGAUGUUUUGGCAAAGAUACGAAACAUACAGCGAAUAGAAUCUACUCGUAUAGAUUAAUUUAUUGUACAAAUACAAGAUUCACAGUUUCGUGAUUUUGGAUAAAGAACUUGUCCGUCAAGAGCAGGGUGAGGCAAGUUUAGUUUCUAUCUUUAACAUCUCGUUACUUCAUUCUAUUGUAACGUUAAUUUGAAUUGCUACUACCAAAAUUAGCUAAGACUUCUAUCAGUCAGAACAGAGAGUCAUUAAUCAACACACGAUUGGCUAGUCUUUGGGUAUUUCGUGUCUUCAUUAUCUUUCAAUGUCUGACAGUAGGAAAACUUCAGUAACGAACAUUACCAAUAGUCCUUCAAAUGCCUUGUUUCUACAUUGCACUUAUGAAAAACAACACUUUCCAGUAAAAAUAACCAAAACUAUAUCCACUCCUAAUGAAAAUAAUGUUGCUUUUCGAAUCAACUAUCAUUUUUAUCUCAAAGUGAAUCUCGGAAAAUUAUACUGAAAAUAUUGUUUGGGAAGAGAGAAUGAGAAUGCUAUUGGCCAUAGGCAAAAAACGUCCUUGGUAUAUACAUGUUGAAGGUAUUGUCGAAAACUUUAUUUUGAAAUCCCAUUGCAGGUUAUAAACACUUGAAAUUGACGAGGCAGGAUGAGUGGCAACACCGGUAACCUUACAUAUGUUUUAUUGUGUCCAAGCAUCACAGGCAGAGAGUAUCAAAUGACAUACGAAUUGACAAAUGCACAAAGAACUAACGCGUAUGUUAUCGCCAGCAUUAAUGGCAUAGUGAUGGUUCCUGCAGUCAUUUUAAACAUUUCAGUAAUCAUCGUUAUGAUGAAUUCAAAUCUGCUAAAAACCAUUUCGAACAUUCCAAUACUGUUUCUUGCAAUUUGCGACCUUCUAACCAGCAUGAUGGGCCAGUCGGCCUAUAUCAUACAAAUAGUAUCUGUCCCGAAAAGAUCUUCAAACUGCGUUAUAUUCUUCGCGGCUGCAUACACUGGUGUCAUUUCUGUGAUUUCUUCUUGCAUGGCAGUACUUGUGAUCUCAUUAGAAAGAUAUUUUGCUUUGUUUAAACCAUAUUUUUGGAGGGUGCACAUGGAAAGGAAAUAUCUUGUUUUAAUCAUGUCACUAACUUGGCUUCCAGGAACUAUAGUCUGCUUCCUGAUUUUCGAAACAGGUAAGAAAGUUUUCGGCAUCGCCGUUUACACAAUCAUGAUGAUAGGAUCACUAAUCGCAAUAGUAAUCAUUUACAUCAAGCUGUACAAUCUUGUGAAAUCAAUGCAGAAGAAAACUUUGGAUAUAACCACAGUACGUAACCAACAAGCAGACAGUGGUGCCUACAUUCAAAGAAGACAAGCACGGCUGUCCAAAUUCAGCCUUGUGGUGAUCGCAGCGUUUUUGACAUUGAAUGCACCUUAUAGCAUUGCAGCUUUGCUCAUACACACCGUUUUCAAAAGAGUCACUUAUAUCCAAACCGUCCAAAACUACAUUCAUACUUUAAUAUUUCUUAGCUCUCUUGUCAACCCGAUUAUCUAUUCCUGGCAAUGCCCCGAGAUUGGCAGAAAGUUGAAAAAGCUGUGGAAGCUUGAAAAAUAAGACAAAACAAAGAACAUGAUUAAUAAAUGAAAUUUGAGUCACGUGAACAGUAUCAUGAAGUCAAUACACACAAAAUAGCACAUUUGCUAUGGUGCAAAACAAAAAAAAGAAAACUCAUAUUAGUUCAAUGGGAUUGUAUAUGUGGUUAAAAGUUAUUUCUACAAAAAAAAGUUAUAUGCAGACUUAGACUGACUUUAUUAUGAUAAUUUGAAUCAAAUGUAUUAACUUGCUGAGUGGUACCUAUGAUAUCUAGUUGACGACAAGAGGACAUAUAGAACUUAUCAAAACUGAUGAAGGGAGAGCUAUCACUUGAUAAAAAAUGCUCCUAGAAAGUUGCAGCAAUGUCUCACUCUUUAGAGCAGAUUUAUGUUGAUAAUUUAACGACAUACUGUAAUUCCUAUUUUACUAUGUAAAAAUGAAAUUACAAUAUCUUCCUAUGAUUUCUAACUAUGAUUUCCAGAGGAUGUAGACUAAAGCUAGCGUUUUAUGGUAUUGUAUAUACAAUUUUAAAAAACCUUAAUUUCUGUAAAAUUUCUGAAGUCACUUUCUUAUGUAUGUGGAAAUUGAGGCUUUUCAGAAGAAGAGCAAACAGUCAUGUCAAAUUGUUGGGGUCAACUUUGUACCCUGUGAACAGUUGGAAGCAUAUAUAUCUAAAAGUCAUCUUCAAUUACUUUGACUGCAGAUUCCCUAAUACCUAUAAUUUUCCAUCACUAUGUUUGCAACAGCUUGCUACUUGUAAUAAUUUUUGUGUGCUGGAUUUUUUUGCUAGCAUCAUUGUAUCUUUUGUCUGUGAUAAAUCUUAUCCUGGCAUGUCAUUUGAUAUUGGUAUCACAAUGCUUCAAUUUCUUGUAAAUUAUCAAUUGUAGAGUUUGUAUUAGAGGGGGCCAGAUACUGCUCUAAUACCUGACAUUGGUUCAAAAAUUUUGUCCUUCUCCAAAGGCAGAAUUUGAAUUUUAGCAAGUUAUUUGUAGCUAAACUGUUUGCCUCCUGCUGUUUGAAGUUUUACUGCAACCUGAUCAACAAAGGAGAGGAAAAUUGCCUUGGGGCCUAGGGGUCUGUUAAAAUUUAUGAAUAAUUGCUCUAUAUAGGGUUCAACUGAAGAAUACAGGCUUUAUAGGAAAAAUAAAGUACUCAAAUGCUAGUCUGGGUUUGAUUUACAUUCUCAAAUUGCAAACUCGCCAAUAAAUUAAAACAUUUUAAAAUAUCAACAAUUCUUUCAACCUUUAUACUUCUCAAUCAUAAAUGGUUCUAUUAUCUACACUUCAAUAAUUAUAAAGGGUAUCAAUGGUCCCAAAAAAAUUUGAAUUUUGUUGUUGUGUGUAUUUACGUUUUUGAUUACCACUGAUGUCUCAAUCAAUGAGCUUGUUCUUUUUUAUUUAUUUAUAAAGAUGCAAAUAACAAAACUCUGUUCAUAGUCUGUCAAACCAUAAUGUUAUGCCUUGACUCAUUUUCCUAUGCCGUGAGGCCUCCUGAGAUUUUCCAAAGUAUGCCCCAAUGCUUUUACUCUCCGUCAACAAUUAACCAACUUAAAGCCCUUUUUUC